GUUAUGGAGUGGUGGUGGAAGUUGAAUGUGGGGUAGUUUGUUUUUGUUAAUUAUUGUAUAUUCAGAUGUCUUAUAAAUAACGGGCUGUCGUAAGCCUAUAUUCAUGCAUUAUGGUUGAACCGGAACAAUUUUUUUCAGCAAAUUCUUAAAACCAAAUGUGUGUUCAGAUGAUGUAUUUUAAGGUAUACAAAAAAAAUCUGUCUAGUUCAGGUGUUCCAGCACAUAGAAAGAACAUACGCAUGUUAGACCACUGAGUCCGUAUAAUACUCUGCCGAUAACAUAUUUACGAAGUGCUGAACAUACCAUUACAGACCUGGGAUUAAGGCUUUCAUAGGAAUAAUGGAAUUCACAUCUGAAGGCGUGGAGAAAGCUGUGACAGUAUUUUACACAUCUCGCACUUCAGAUCAAGCAGAGGCACAUCGUUGGUUAACUGAAGCUCAGGCAUCUACUACAGCAUGGAAAUUUGUGUGGGAGCUGUUGGAUCCGUCAAAGCUAACAGAAGUGCAGUUUUUUGGUGCUAUUACAUUGCAUUCGAAGAUAGUGAAGUGGUGGCAUGAAAUUCCUAUUGAUCAGUAUACUCCUCUGAGGAACCAGAUUUUAGGUUCCAUUGCGUCUCAUUGCAGUGGUCCAAAAAUAGUUCUCAGUAAGCUUUGUGCAGCUCUGUCUGCUUACAUUAUUAAUGUUACGCCUGAGCAUUGGCCCAAUCCCAUCAAUGAACUUAUACAGACAUUUCUGACACCUUCCACAACUGUCCCAGCCGAACGAACAGCUUGGAUUCUGAUGGAAAUUCUUACCAUGCUACCAGAUGAACUGAAUAAUUCUCGUAUUGGUGCCCAACAGAAAGGAGCAGUACUGGCGUGUCUUCGUGAUAGUGUUCAUAGAGUGGUGGAAGUGGUAAGACACUGUCUUUCUGAUGCUAGUUUUCAAAAUGCAAAUGAAGUAAAAGAGCAUGCUGCAUCAUGUGCAGUAUCUUGGCUGAGAAUAGGAAUGCCAAUUGCCGCAUGUGAAGGCUUGGCUUUGGAUUUAUUAAACAUGGUGUUACAAAAUGCAACCAGCGAUGAUUAUACCGAAAGUUCACAAAGUCUCAUAGAAGCUGCCCUAAACUGCCUCGAGUCCCUGGUUACGCACCCUGAUACACAUCUAAACCCAAAACAUGUCCAGCGCCUCAUGGAAGAAAUUUUGAAGUUAGAAGUUUUGUUGGGUCCUAAAUGGCAUUCUGCUGACGAAGUUGUAACAAGUAAAAUUUACAGACUGUUUGUAGGAAUGGGGGAAUGCCACUCUAAAUUGAUUCUACGUCUAUUAUUACAACCAGGCAGCUCUAAAGUGUUGGGCAGCAAAAUCGUCGAAAAUAUUCUGCGUGCUACCAGUAUUCAAGGUGUCUAUCCAGUAGAAGAAUGUAUAAGUGUACAUUCAUUAGGGUUUUGGUACAUUUUACAGGAAGAUGUGCAGCCCAUGGAGGGAGAUGAGAGGACUGAUUGUAUAACUGUGCUUUCACCAAUAUACUGCACAUUGGUUGAAGUAUUGCUGAAAAAAUCUGCUCUUCCACCUGAUAUAGAUGAAUGGAACAGUGAUGACCGAGAGAAACUGAGAUGGUAUAGGCAAGAUGUUGCCGACACACUAAUGUAUUGCUAUCAGAUACUACAUGAUCAAAUUCUGGAGUUACUCCUUCAUGACCUUUCUGCAAGAGCUACAGAAUUUGAAGAGUCGUGGCAGCCUGUUGAAGCAAAUUUGCAUGCUUGGAUGGCUAUUGCAGAAUUGGUGCCAAAUGUGAAACCACAGAUUGGGUCAUUUUUUAUGAUUCUACAAAACAUACCGAUUAGCAAGAGUAAUAUAAAAGUUUUUAAUGCAGCAAUUGACUGUAUGGGUGCAUAUGCAGACUGGAUUAACAUCAAUCCAUCUUUCUUGUCAUAUGUCAUUCCCACUGUCAUGUCUGGCUUGGAGAACACUGAAUCAGCACCUUCUUCCUCAAUGGCUUUGAAAGAUUUAUCAAGGGACUGCCAGUUAACAAUUCAGCAGUAUGCAGAUAAUAUCAUCAGAUGCAUUCAGGCAGCCAUCAUCAGUGGAAGUCUAGGACAUGCUGAAAAUAUUAGACUUAUGUAUGCCUUGGGUCGUUUGCUGUCACCAAUGCCAUUGGAGAAGAUAAUGAUGUAUUUGAAUGAAAUACUUGUUCCUUGUGUUAGAGAAUUGGAGAUCCUGGCAAAUUCUGAGGAUAAAGGAAUGCAGACCUAUAGUGACAUCUUGCUGAGACUUAAGAUGAUGAGCACAAUUUUUGCAACUCUAGACACCAGUGCUGUGAGAGGAGGAGCUCUAAAGUCUGAUGAUCCUCAGCCUGUUCUUCUCAUUUUGGAGAAGGUUUUUCCAGUUUUGGAAACUAUAACAUGUAAAUGGUGUACUGAUGAAGAAAUUAUGAAGGCAAUGUGUACGCUGCUAAAACAAGCUGUGUCAACACUGCUCGAGAAAUUUGAAAUAGUUUUACCACCUGUUGUGAACAUGCUUAUGAAAAGCUUUCGUGUUCGUCCUCAGCCAUCGGUUCUUGAACUGUUGCAGCAGAUUGUGAUCCUGUUUGGCAGAGAUACAGAACAUACACAGAUGAUUCAUUCACUUGUCACAGACAUUUGCAGGAUAUCAAUGACUUUCUGCUUUUCUUCUCCAUCCACAUCAGAACAUUGUGAUGUGAUAGAAUCAUUUUUUAACCUUCUGUCACAACUUAUAAAGAAAAUUCCUAAGCUGUUCCUUAUGAUGGAUGUCGAGGAAGUGAAGGGGUUCUUCAGGAGUGGUAUUGAAAGCUUGCAGCUACCUGAGACUCCUGUGCUGAAAUCUAGUGCAACAUUCCUCAAAUGUUUUAUUAAACAAAGUUGGGAGUAUGUACACUUCUCUACCAUUGUCAAUGACUGUGGCGAAGCACUAGUACAGAGAAUUCUGUUGUGCAUAGGAGGAAACUGCCCAAGAACCAUGAUAGAUCAUCUGGCUGAUCUGUUAAUGAUGCUCAACAGAAAACAAACGGAAAUGUUUGCUCGAUGGCUUACUGACAAUGUGUCAGCAAUUGAGUUCCCAGGGCACGGUGUGAGUCAGAAUGCAAGAGCACAGUUUGUACAGAUGGUUUUGAGGGAAAGAGCCAACAAGCGGAAGCUACAAGAAAUUGUGAGAGGAUUCACAUUGAUUUGCCGUGGCCUUGCUGGUACAGAGUUUGGAGGACAGUUAAUCAUUUUAUAAUGAACCAUUUCAUUGCUACAGUUUCACAUGAUGUAAGAAAGAUGCAGCUUCAAGAGAUCUAUUUUGGAUAUACUGCAUUUUUAAAGAAAGAAGAAUGAAUUAUGUUUCUCAUUUCCUAAAGGUGCUUAAGUUGAGGACUGUUGUGACUAUUAAUGUAGAGUGCGUGUGUUUUAUAAUAAAAGUAGUGACAUUUUCUAUUGAUGUAAACAGAAAAAUAGUGAAAAGAGCGAUAUUAAAAAAAACCCUAAGACAUUUACAACUAAA